AUGACGGUUGGCUCUGUUCUUGUUACCGGUGGAACCGGCUACAUUGGCUCUUUCACCGCCCUUGCUCUGCUAGAGGCCGAUUACAAGGUCGUCAUCGUUGACAGCCUGUAUAACUCCUCAGACGAAGUUAUCAACCGAAUUGAGUUGAUCUGCGGGAAGAGGCCUGACUUUUACAAUGUCGACAUCACCAACAAGGAGGCACUCGACAAGGUCUUCGAUGAGCACCCGGAUAUUGACAACGUCAUUCAUUUUGCAGCCCUGAAGGCUGUUGGAGAGUCGGGAGAGAUUCCACUUGAAUAUUACCGCGUCAACGUUGGCGGCACCAUCAAUCUCCUCCGCUCAAUGGAUGAGCAUAAUGUGACCAACAUCGUCUUCUCAUCAUCAGCGACCGUGUACGGAGAUGCCACACGCUUCCCCGACAUGAUCCCCAUUCCUGAGCAUUGCCCAAUUGGCCCGACCAACACCUAUGGGCACACAAAGGCAACAGUGGAGCAGAUGAUCACUGACUUCAUUACGGCCAAGCGCAACUUGGCUAAGAAGGCGGGGAACGACGCUGAAGCAGAGAAGUGGAACGGCGCGCUGCUGCGAUACUUCAAUCCAGCAGGGGCACAUCCGAGUGGUAUCAUGGGCGAGGAUCCUGCCGGAGUACCUUAUAAUCUGCUACCACUCCUUGCGCAAGUCGCUGUCGGCAAGCGCGAGAAGCUGUUGGUCUUCGGUGACGACUACAACUCGAAAGACGGCACAGCCAUCCGCGACUACAUCCACGUCGUGGACUUAGCAAGAGGCCACCUUUUCGCGCUGAACUAUCUCCGAGAUCAUCACCCAGGACUGAAAGCCUGGAACCUUGGCACUGGCAGGGGCUCGACAGUCUACGACAUGAUCAAGGCCUUCGGCGUUGCCGUGGGUCGAGAUCUCCCCUACCAGGUUGCGCCUCGAAGGCAGGGUGAUGUUCUGAAUCUGACUGCCAACCCCUCGCUUGCGAACAAGGAGCUCGGCUGGAAGACAGAGUUCACGCUGGAAAAUGCUUGCAAAGAUCUUUGGAGGUGGACCGAGAAUAACCCUGAAGGUUACCGACAGCAGCCGCCUCAGGAGUUCUUGGAUAACUUGAAGGCUCAAAGGAAGUAA